GGUUAGGUCAGGUAUAAAAGUAAGUGUUAAAACAGGCAGGACACCAGUGCAGCAGCAGCACAGCUAAAGGAAACAACCGCAACCAUGAUGGGCAAGAUCAUCUUCUACGAGGACAAGAACUUCCAGGGUCGUUCCUAUGAGACCAGCCAGGACUGCCCCGACAUGUCCUCCUACCUGAGCAGGUGCCACUCCUGCAGGGUUGAGAGCGGCUGCUUCAUGGUGUACGAUCGCCCUAACUUCAUGGGAAACCAGUACUUCAUGAAGAGGGGAGAGUACUCUGACUACCAGCGCAUGAUGGGAAUGAAUGACUGCAUCAGGUCAAGCCGCAUGAUCCCCAUGCACCAUGGAAACUUCAGGAUGAGGAUCUACGAGAGGGAAAACUUUGGAGGUCAGAUGCACGAGAUUAUGGAUGACUGUGACUCCAUCCAGGAGCGUUACCGUAUGUCUGACUGCCAGUCCUGCAACGUGAUGGACGGCCACUGGCUGAUGUACGAGCAGCCCCACUUCAGAGGCAGGCAGAUGUACUUGAGGCCUGGAGAGUACAGGAGCUUCAGGGAUAUGGGUAUGAGUGGAAUGAGGUUCAUGAGCAUGAGGCGUAUCAUGGACAACAUGUCUAUGUAAAUUCCUCAAAUGUAUGAAAAUUGUUGAUUAAAUUGUUUUCAAAUUCUA